GGGAGUUUACGCCGGGAAUCGACAAGGAGAUCUGAUCCGACCUCCGAGGGUAAAUAUUUGUGCGCCUCGCGGGACGUCCCGGGGAGGGCAAACCCUCUGAAAUCCGAGUAUAAAUCCCGGCCGGAGCGACGUUCCCGCAAGGAUCGGCAGAGACCAUGGGGCAGGAACCGGUUCUGCUCACCGUGUUGGUGGCGAUUUGUCUGAGCUCGGCAGGGAGUGGAACCCAACAACUCCCUCCGAUUUCUCGCCCCUCCGACACUCCGAGUCCCGACGCAGUGAUCGAGAAACUCCUCAGGGAGCUGAGAGAGUCCGCCAGCUCCACGGACCCCGACCCGCGGACCCUCCUCGCCCUCCGACUGGCCUCCGAGGCGCCCUCCGAGGCCGAGGAGAUCAUACUCCGGGGUCUGAAGGAACAGACCGCUUGGAAUGGGGAGAACCUCUCUACUGGCAUGGCUGCCCUCUACGUCCUGGCGAUGAUGGCUUCCGGCGUCGACCCCUCCAACGUGUCCGACCCCCCCACCCACGGACCCCCGGUCAACCUGCUCGAGAUCCUGAGAGUCCAGAUGGACGCAGAGUUCAAGAGUCUAGAACUGCACGGACACCCCCGCACCACCUACUACCAGGUCGCCCUGGGCCUCCUGGGUCUCUGCAAGGGAAGGGUCCCCAUCACAAAGACACAUCUGCGAAACUUCACCGACGCGGUGAGGGGAGAGGGGUGGUUCGUCGACACGGAGGCCGUGUCGGCCCUCGCCCUCCGCUGCCUCAGGGACCGGGGCGCCAAGCCCCAGGAGCCCGUCCGAGCCGCCCUCGAAAGACUCAUCAGGCGACUGCGCAGUGCGCUGACCGACCAGGGCACCAUCGGCAACAUCUACAGCACCGGGCUGGCGAUGCAGGCGUUCAUUGGGAAUGACAUCCCGCCGACUGCGUGGAACUCCACGGGAGUCCGACGGGAGGUGUUCGCUCAGGCUGAGCGGGGGGCGUUUCGGAUUCCGAUCUCCGCCGCGCAGGUCCUGCCCCCCCUGCUCUGGAAAUCGUACCUGGAUGUGGUUUGCACUCAAUGCCCCGGUAACGUGUGGGAUCCUCUCCCCCGGCAGCACGCUCCAGACUUUACGUCUCCUGUCAUUCCAGCCUCUGAUCCGGGGAGCCGGUGUCCGCCGGCGACGGGAGAUCAGGCCCAGAUGUUGGUGACCUACACCGUGGUCCGGGCUGUGUAUUGCUCCCAGGACUGCUGGCACUUCAUCCCCCUCGCCGUCCCCGAGGGCGCGACGAUCCUCGAGGCGAUGUGCAAGGCUGAGAGGGAACGGCCCCACUUCUUCAAAUUCACCCAGACACUCACCACCUGGGGUCCCUACAUCACCAGCAUCGGCGGUACUGAGGUCAACAGCCAGAAGCGGACUUACUGGCAGUUCCUGAUCGGGACGCAGCCCAUUCCCGUGGGUGUGGCAGAAUACAAGCUCUCCGACGGAGACCAUAUCUUCGCCAAGUACACUACGUAUUGAUCGCUAUCACGGGGAGCAUCUGCAGUCAGAGCUCUGUGAACCUCUGGGGAUGGAUUCUGGGCCUCGGACCGACCCGAAUAUCCCGUCGUAACACUGAAAUAAAUUCAUCUGAGCAAAUCCGCGUUGGUUUAAUCUCACUUCGUUUCUAUCGGGGUCAGUGGGGGUGAAGAUUGAGGGUCUUGGGAUCUCUGUGCAGGGAGCCAGCCUUCUGCGGGUGGUCUGUGGGCGUGUGUGGGGGGUGUCACGGUGAGGUGAGGUGAGGAGGUGGGAAAGUGCCUCCUGGUCUACUCUCCACCCGUCUCUCGCCCCCUCCCUCCUUCCCUCUCUCUCCCCGCUCCCUCCAUCUCUCUCGACCUCUCUCAACCCUCCUCCACUGCCCCUCCCCGCUCUCCCUCGCUCUAUCACUUGGUCCCUCUCUAUGCUCCUUUAAUUCCACCUCUCUCCUCCUCC